GCUAGUGCACAGCAGCUGCAAGAAGGGAGGAGUCGCUGCCGAAGAGCAUGACAGAGGGACGGCGUGUUGUACAGGCAUGCCCGACAGUUUGGAGAACCAAUAAGAUUGUGUCCCCAAAACUUAUUGUGUGCUAUGUUCAACGCCGCCGCCUAAAUCACUCCAACCUCUCCACAAUGGCCAAGACCAGAGAGCUGUGUAAGGACAUCAGGGAUCAAAUUGUAGACCUGCACAAGGCUGGGAUGGGCCACAGGACAAUAGGCAAGCAGCUUGGCAAUUAUUAGAAAAUGGAAGAAGUUCAAGAUGACGGUCAAUCUCCCUCGGUCUGGGGCUCCAUGCAAGAUCUCACCUUGUGGGGCAUCAAUGAUCAUGAGGAAGGUGAGGGAUCAGCCCAGAACUACACGGCAAGACCUGGUCAAUGACCUGAAGAGAGCUGGGACCACAGUCUCAAAGAAAACCAUUAGUACCACACUACGCCGUCAUGGAUUAAAAUCCUGCAGCGCACGCAAGGUCCCCCUGCUCAAGCCAGCGCAUGUCCAGGCCCAUCUGAAGUUUGCCAAUGACCAUCUGGAUGAUCCAGAGGAGGAAUGGGAGAAGAUCAUGUGGUCUGAGGCACUAAGUUUGAAGGUAGGCCUUAAAAUACAUCCACAGGUACACCUCCAAUUGACUCCAAUUAGCCAAAUAGCCUAAUUGGCUAAUUACCUAAAGCCUUGACAUCAUUUUCUGGAAUUUCCCAGGCUGUUUAAAUGUACAGUUAACAUAGUGUAUGUAAACUUCUGACCCACUGGAAUGGUGAUAUAGACAAUUAAAAAUGAAAAAUUCUGUCUGUAAACAAUUGUUGGAAAAAUUAUUUGUGUCUUGCACAAAGUAGAUAUCCUAAACUACUUGUCAAAACUAUAGUUUGCUAAUAUUAAAUCUGUGGAGUGGAUAAAAAAUGUGUUUUAAUAACUUCAACCUAAAUAAUAUAAACUUCUGACUUCAACUGUACAUUCAUCAUUAAAUAUAGCCCACUAUUUUGUUUCGACACCAUCAAAUAUGUAUUUUCGGUAUGUUUGUGGAAUGGUGUUUCACUUUGUCAAUGAGAGGAGAAUUACGCCCUCUAGCGACAGAGUAGAAUGCACAUCUUUGAAUAUUUAAGAAGGUAUUUAAAGGAAUAAUCAUUCAUUCAGAAAAUCGCUCAUCAUUUACUCACCCUCAGGCCAUCCUAUAUGUGUGUGACUUUCUAUUAGAAAAAUAUUUUAGCUCUGUAGAUCCUCAUAAUGCAAGUGUAUGGUGGCCAAAAAUGUGAAGCUCCAAAAAGCACAUAAAGGCAAUAUAAAAGUAAUCUAUUUUACACCAGUGGCUAAAUCUAUAUAUUCAGAAGCGAUAUGAUAGGUGUGCUUCCUUUAUGUGCUUUUUGGAGCUUCACAUUUUUGGCCACCAUUCACUUGCAUUAUGAGGACUUACAGAGCUAAAAUAUUCUCAAUAUCACAGCUAAAUUGUUCUGGGUGUUGUUUACCGUAGUUGUUAUCACAAGAUCAGGGGGGCCCUUUUACGGGGUCAUCUCAUUACUUCUCCAUUAAUAUGUAAAUUUUAGCAGUAAUAGUUUAGCUAGCAGUUGUUUCUCAUGUGGUUCUUCAUCCUCUUCCAUGAAAUCAGUGUCUUUUCCACUUCAAAAAGGUGAUUUUGAAAGUACAUUUCUGUAAGAUUUUAAACAUUAUAUCAGACAAAGACUGUCUUUAAGUGUUAAUAAAUUGUACUGUGCCAUCUCAAGAUGGAUGUCAAUUUUUGAAAUUAUGUUUAAUAUAUUUUGAGAUGACUUUAAAAAGUAUCAGGGUUGACAGUUAUUACAGUUCAUUUAGCCAUUACUAGACUUAUGCUCAAGGUCAUGACACUAAUAGGUGCUUAUUAAAAAAGUUAUAAAAUGCUGAUAUUUCUACAAAUAUCCACUUUUUAAUAUGGACCCAAGCACUGAAAGUCCGAUGGCCCUAUUGUUCUUAUAAGGAUUAUUAUUAUUAUUCUUUCAAGGUUUUGCUACUUUUGGGGUAAUUUCCAUGCAUAAAAACAUUUGAAAUUUUACACACACAUCAGAGUCAUCAGCCAUUAGGGCAGGGCAAAGUUGCGGGUGGGGGUAUGGGUGUGCAGGGGAGGCUCUGUAGCGUCCCCUUGAAAAUGUGCAUGUAAGGGGGCCACCGUAGCACCCCAUUUUCAUCUACAGUUGCCAAAAUAGGUACAUAUAUAGUUCCCAUCAAGCCGGAAAACUUUCAUAAUUAUAGUCAUUAGGUCUGCCCAACAGAAAGUCUGCCAUUUUGCAUUUUUUAAAUAUUGCGGUCUCUGAACUUUUAAAUAAUCCUCCUAGGGGAUUAAUGAGACUGUAUCCAUAUUUUGCCAAGACAUUGAAGAUGUUAAGUUAUGAACUGAUUUUUGAUAUAGUGAAUGGUGUUGCCAUGGCGAGGCAUUUAAUUAAUGGUGAAAAAUGGUAAACAGGAAGUGUCUCAUCUUCUGUAUGCAAAGUGUGAAUUAGAUCAAAAUUGAGAUGUACUGUAUUUUUAGUCUUGGGGGCUAAUCAUAUCGCGGUUUUGCCUCACCAGGGGUCAGUCAGACUCGUGUUUUUUGUCGAAGGAAUGAGCGUCACACCGAGGCCUGUACUCUGGAGCGGGAUCAAUUUGGAGGUGAAGGGUCUGUCAAAGUCUGGGGCGGUGUGUCACAGCAUCAUCGGACUGAGCUUGUUGUCAUUGCAGACAAUCUCAAUGUUUUGCGUUACAGGGAAGUCAUCCUCCUCCCUCAUGUGGUACGCUUCCUGCAGGCUCAUCCUGACAUGAUCCUCCUGCAUUAAGAUGCCACCAGCCAUACUGCUCGUUCUGUGCAUGAUUUCCAGCAAGACAGGAAUGUCAGUGUUCAGCCAUGGCCAGCAAAGAGCCUUAAAGAGAUCUCAAUUGAAAGCCUAUGCUAAGUUCUCAGGUGCUCCCCUCAAAGUUCACAAAAUCACCAACCCAUGGAGAAGCCCUACAGGUACUCUGCCUGCUCUGAAGACCAGGGAAGAAGGAAGCAUAUCCCAACCCAGUAAGAUCAUCAUUCAUCUCAGGAAACAGAAGUACAAUGCAGACUACGACCUGUCGGCAAAGGAAGGUGCAGAUACACUUGCCUUUGUUUCUCUACUGGAGGAGAAAUUACUACCAGCACUGGUCUACACACUGUGGAUAGACUCUAAAAACUAUGUGGAUGUUACACGGUGCUGGUAUACAGAAAACAUCCCCUUCCCUCUCAACUUUCUGUUGCCCAACCGCAUACACGGCCAGCAGCUGGAGAGGUUGAGACUUGUGAGGGGCGACCCAAUCCUGGAACCUGGUGAACAGCUGGAGAAAGAGCUUUAUCAUGAUGCAUUUGAAUGCAUGACCUACCUAUCGCAAAGACUGGGCUCACAAAAGUUUUUCUUUGGCGAUUCUCCCUCAUCAUUGGACGCAUAUGUGUUUGCACACCUGGCUCCUUUGUUGAAGAUCAAGCUGCCAAACGGAAAGCUUCAGCAACACCUCAACUCUCUGAACAACCUGCAACAGUUCUGCACUAACAUCCUAGAACUCUACUUCCCCUCUGAUGUGCGAGAGCCUCCACCUCGCAAGAUGCAUGUUCAGCCUGAGAGCGGCGACUUCGACAAUGAGCCCCACAAGCGCCGGAACCAGAUUCUUUCUGUUCUGUUUGCCAUAGGAGCCAUGCUUGGGUACGCUAUCUUCACAGGGAUUGUUAAAAUCGGGCAUGAGCAGCCACAGCUGAAGAACUCUAGCCACAAUGAUGAGGAAGAAAAUGAGGACUAAAUGAAGGAUAGGAGUUACCAGGGACAACAAGCGUACUUUAAUGCUCACCAGCCAUUCAGAGUGGAGCCACACAUACUAUUACCUCAGCUCUUUUUAAAUCUCCUGUCAUGUACGAGUGCGCUCUGCCAGAGUCGCUCACCUAACGUAGCCUCAGGCGAGUGCCACAUUGGUGCUUUUUCUUUUUAUAGUGAUUAAUGGUAAUAUUGUUAUUAUAGUUACGAUUCUCCAGUGUAGUGACCUGUAAUUUUGACAGGUCUUUUACAGGCGUUUGGAAUUUUGACUUGAUUUCCUGUUUGGGUUUAUUUCUUGGUCUAUAUUGCUGCAAACGUGUCACUUCAGUAAAAAGUCAAACACUUUGAUAGCAUCUCUUUUAAAAUGGAAAAUAUCUUUAACACUAAUUUGAACAAAGCUGUCUGUUUUGGAACUCUGACUCUUGUGCAAUGGAAUGCCAUAUUUUAUCUCUAAAUAUGUAUAAAUAGGUGCAUAGAUAAUUUUGAAAGCACGCUCCAUAAAUACAAAUACAGAAGAAAGUAUGUUGACAUUAAAAGCUGCACUGUUAUACUUGACUUACACCACUAGAUGGGCUGUAAAUAUUGCAUUUCCUUUGGUGCAGUGACCUGAUUGGGUGGCCUGCAGACUAAACAUAGUGACAAACGAUUGACAUUUUCCAACACAUUACUGAAAACUUGCAAAAUAAACUUACCAGAGAUUCUUAUCUAAACCUAAGCAUCUAGGAGCACUUUGAAAGCCACUCAAGACCAGAAGCUUUAUAAAUCAGUUUUGUUUUAGAGUUCUCCAGAGGACUGCUGAGGAGAACGUUAUUAUUUCUUGUCAAAACUACAGUUAAGUUGGAGCCUUUUUCCAUUAUACAUUUGGAGUGCUACAUCUUAAUCUCUCACCGGAAUCCGAAGGCACUGUGGGGUUGUCCUUUUGUUGCUCGGAGGCCAGGCCUAACCUGUACCUCACUGAAUAUAACCAUCUCAAAAAAUAUUAUGAAGAUCGUUGAUGGAAAUGUAUAGUUAUAACACGAUUCCACAUUUAUUUACACAAUGUUUCAUUUGAAAAUAGGCUAGUGUGCAUUUUCUGUAUUUUGCUUGUCCAUAAAAAAAAUCAAAUCAGUACGAGUGUUCUUUGAAGUUAUAUUUAAGGGUUAUAAUGGAAAAUUACACCACUUGAAGGUAAUGCUCUUUGUUGUUGUUUUUUGUUUGUUUUACAUUUAAGAACAAUUAUAGGUUCUGCUAGACUAUAUGGUGAGUUUGAUUACAGGUUGAUUAGCAAUACACAUUCAAUUGUACUUUCAAAGUAAUUUUUACUUGUAUUACUUAUAUUCAGAUAUAGCCUUGCAAAAUGUAACUUUUGGUUGACUUGUUCCAACUAUAGCACUGUUAAGUAUCAGGUUCAACAUUUAGAAAAUUGCUGCUGUCCUUGUCCCUGGGGUUUUGAGCUGUCUGUGUUGUUUGUGUAAUGUGAGUGUUUCAAAAGUCAGUAAAAAGACUCAACCCGGUCGGUCAACCUAGGCCUCUCUCAGUUUUGUUAAAUAGAUCAAUGGCAUAGAGUGCCAUAGAUUUGCUGUUGUGUUACCAAUUCUUACAUUAUUUUUAAGGGCUUUAAAACGUGUUGCCUCAAUUUGUUCCUUCCUCUCUUAUUCUUAUCAAUACAUACAAUAGCCACAAAAGUAUUAGUGUGCUUGUGCCACUAUGGUAAAUAUCAUUGCAUUGGAUCACAAAAUAUAAAAUCAAGUACAGUAUGUUAUUUACAACCCCAGUUCCAGAUAUGUUGGGACAAUAUUGAAAAUGUCAAUUAAAACACAGAGUGAUUUGUAAAUUCUAUUCACCCUGUGCUAUAUUGAAAACACUACAACAACAGAUAAUUUGCUGUUUUACCUUGUGAAUUAAAUUGAAAUACUUGACCCAUGAUUGUUUUGUGCAUUGUUGCUGUUCUUCUCUAUCUGUGUGUGUGUGUGUGUGUGUGUGUGUGUGUGUUUCUUUUGUGCUCAGUGUGCCUGUUUCAGGUGCAGCUGAUUCGCCAAAUCUUUGUUCCACCUGUGUGAUGGUGAUUUGCUGUUUCUGAUUGCACUACUAAUAAAAUCUCUGU